CCAGUCGUCCAGCAUGCUCUGCCCACUCCACGCCGAGGUGCACUGACCAUGAGCCUCAACUCCUCCCUCGGCCACAGGAAGGAGCUGAGUAACCUCACUGAGCAGGAGGGUGGUGGAGGAGGUGUCAUCAUCACCGAGUUCAUCGCCAUCAUCAUCAUCACCAUUUUUGUCUGCCUGGGCAACCUGGUCAUCGUGGUCACCUUGUACAAGAAGUCUUACCUCCUCACCCUCAGCAACAAGUUUGUCUUCAGCCUGACCCUGUCCAACCUCCUGCUGUCUGUGUUGGUGCUGCCCUUCGUGGUAACCAGCUCCAUUCGGAGGGAAUGGAUCUUUGGCGUGGUCUGGUGCAACUUCUCCGCCCUGCUCUACCUGCUGAUCAGCUCGGCCAGCAUGCUCACGCUCGGGGUCAUUGCCAUCGACCGCUACUAUGCUGUCCUGUACCCCAUGGUGUACCCCACGAAGAUGACGGGGAACCGCGCGGUCAUGGCACUUGUCUACAUCUGGCUCCACUCCCUCGUUGGCUGUCUGCCACCCCUGUUUGGUUGGUCGUCGGUGGAGUUUGCUGAGUUCAAGUGGAUGUGUGUGGCUGCGUGGCACCGGGAGCCUGGCUACACCGCCUUCUGGCAGAUCUGGUGCGCCUUGUUCCCCUUUCUGGUCAUGCUGGUGUGCUAUGGCUUCAUCUUUCGCGUGGCCAGAGUAAAGGCACGCAAGGUGCACUGUGGCACGGUGGUCAUCGUGGAGGAGGACGGCCAGAGGACUGGGAGGAAGAACUCCAGCACCUCCACCUCCUCUUCGGGCAGUAGGAGGAACGCCUUUCAGGGUGUGGUCUACUCGGCCAACCAGUGCAAAGCCCUCAUCACCAUCCUGGUGGUCAUUGGUGCCUUCAUGGUCACCUGGGGCCCCUACAUGCUUGUCAUCACCUCCGAGGCCCUCUGGGGGAAGAACUGUGUCUCCCCGACCUUGGAGACCUGGGCCACAUGGCUGUCCUUCACCAGUGCCAUCUGCCACCCCCUGAUCUAUGGACUCUGGAACAAGACGGUUCGCAAGGAACUACUGGGCAUGUGCUUUGGGGACCGGUAUUACCGGGAACCAUUUGUGCAGCGACAGAGGACUUCCAGGCUCUUCAGCAUUUCCAACAGGAUCACAGACCUGGGCCUGUCCCCACACCUCACAGCGCUCAUGGCCGGUGGACAGCCCCUGGGGAACAGCAGCAGCACUGGGGACACUGGCUUCAGCUGCUCUCAGGACUCAGGGACGGACAUGAUGCUGCUUGAAGACUACACGUCUGAUGACAACCCUCCCUCCCACUGUACUUGCCCACCCAAAAGAAGGAGCUCAGUGACGUUUGAGGAUGAGGUGGAACAAAUCAAAGAAGCUGCCAAGAACUCUAUUCUUCAUGUGAAAGCCGAAGUACACAAGUCCUUGGACAGUUACGCAGCCAGUUUGGCCAAAGCCAUUGAGGCUGAAGCCAAAAUCAACUUAUUUGGGGAGGAGGCUUUGCCAGGGGUCUUGUCUGCAGUACGGACUGUCCCUGGGGCUGGCUUUGGGGGCCGCCGAGGCAGCAGAACUCUUGCCAGUCAGAGGCUGCAGCUGCAGAGCAUUGAAGAAGGGAACAUUUUAGCUGCGGAACACAGAUGA